UUCCACCCACCAGAGUCCAGCCGAGCGUGAGGGCAGCCACUAUUCCAGUACGCCGGCGCUGCUACCCUGCCGCCGUCCGGCGAGGCGGUGACGAUUCCGGCAACCGCGCGGCGCGCGACACGUGACUUCACAUUCUACGACCCAGGGCGCGAGCUGAUUUCUUUUUGCAAGAUGACACAGGCAGUGCAGCCACAAUCCUGGUCAGAUCUCCCAACAGAGCUUGCUGUCCAGGUUCUCUGCCGCCUUCCUGCCUACUCUGACCGUGUCCGCUUUGCUGCUGUAUGCCGCCAUUGGAGCUUCUCUGCCACACAGCAUUGCCUACCUCCACCUGUGCCACACAGCAUUGCCUACCUCCACCUGUGCCAUGCUUGGCGUUCCCUGAUGGUACCUUUUUCAGCUUACCUCACAGAGAAGCCUUCCAAUUUCCCGAGAGCAUGGGCUAUCACAGCUCCUGUGGCGAGUGGCUUGUCUUCUUAUGUGAUGUCACCUACUCCUUGAAGAAUCCCUUCUCCAAGGUCACCUUGACACUGCCUAAACUAUCUUGUCUCUGCCCCAUUGAGGAGCCUGAGGAAAUUGUCAAUUUAACUGUCACCCUGGAGGGAAAGAUGCCCCAAGAAUCUCUGGACAUGGAUGCUGAGAUGUCAGUGUACAAGUUAGUUGUGUGCUCAUCCCUCCUUGCUGCUGCCAUUAUUAACCUUGGGCCUAUGUAUACCAUUGCUUUGUGCCGGCCAGGUGCUGAUUCAUGGUUUGUAAGUAGACUUCUCAGGAGAGAUCAACUCAUAGACAUGAUGUUCUACAGAGGUAAGUUGUUUGUCCUUGAUGAGUUCAAUAACCUUUUGGCCAUUGAUGUUGGAGAGGACAACGAUAAUGGCAAGCUAAGAAUCUCUCAGGUUGAGUGCCUCAUUGAGACUCGGUCUAUUACCAUUUUUAUGCCGAACGGCGUGUCUUAUAUCAAUGAUGUCCUGGUUGAAUCACACGGUGCAUUGCUUAUGAUCCGUACAACGUUCUUUGGUAUGCCAUCUGAUGAUAACACGGGAUGUAUGUCAACUAAACCAGUAGGGAUUCAAUUCAAGGUGUUUGAGGCAGACUUCCAUUCGUCGCGGUGGGUGGGUGUGACAAGCCUGGGUGAUGACCACACACUGUACAUCAGCCAAAGCUACUCCCGAUCUCUGUGUGUGUGUCUCAGUACAAGCUAAGGGGGAACUGUAUCUUCAUCCUGGAUGAUGGCACUUGCGACUGGUUCUGGAAUGGCGAGACAAAUUCUUACGUUGUGCACAACAUGAGUGCUGGCAGGACCUACAUACUGACGCCCUCAGGUUCGUUCAAGGGUGGGAAGGCACCAGUGGCAUGGCUCUUCCCUACCUCGUUAAUGUGAGAAGUCUUGGAGUUGCAAGUGACCAUGUGGCUGAUGUUGUAUACUAUCCGGACUUUCCAUUGGCCAUUUACUUUCUCCGUAUCAUAUCCCAGGAUAAUGUAGGAGCUCUGGGCGCUUUGUUUUGAGCCUUGUGGUACUACUGAAAAAAUGGAGGCUGGCCAUGACCGUCUUCCGCAGCAUUUUUAUUUUCGGUCAUGUGUUGCUAUUUGCUACGUCAAGAAGCUGAUGCUUGUGUUCUUCUGUGAGCUAAGCUGGAUCUGAAUCAACUGGUAUCAAUGCUUAAUGCUGUUUGUCAAUGAUGCAUCUGCAUGUGUCUGUAUAACUCAUUAUUACUGAAUUUGGCUUCAUUGCUUCAAGGCACCAGCACUAUUAUUUACUGAAUUAGACAUGUCCUUUCUCAUGAAAUGGCACCAAUGAGAUUUCAUUAC